UUCACAAAGUGAGGCAUCACUGCAGCUCUCAGGAGCGUGCAUACGAGCUCUGGAACGGGUCUUAUUCUUUGUUUCCAUGCCGACCCUCAGGAUGGUGUGAGUGUGUUGUCUUUGGUGGGCUGAAGGCAGCGAGGUAUCCCGCAGUCCUGAGCACUGCUAGCAUGCCUGUGCAUCAGAUAUCUGUUGUGCCCAUCGCCAAGGGGACUGCCAAUAGUUCCAGCCGGAAUAGAGACAAGAGUAAAGAGAAUGAGAGUGAGAAGGCACCUGGGCGAUCAGGACGUCGAUCCAGCAAUAUAUCUAAGACAAGCAGUUCCACCCCUGGAGCCGUGCUGAACAGUGUCUCUCAAACAUCAGUUACACCGUCCUCACAGGACAUAUGCAGCUCUAGUGGUCAAGCUAAACUUGAUGGCUCAGAUCAGACUACACCUGUCAUGCCCAUAAACCCCGCCUCCGACUCCGCCCCCAACACAAAGCGGCAAGUCAAACGGUUUAUCCGCCGGCGACGGGAGAGCACCGGGACCGUUGGGUGUGCAACAGAGUGUGUGGACCAACCGAGACAUUCACGGUUGCAUAAGCAAACACACACACACUCUGACUCCUCCUCAGAGGACGAGCAGCGCUGGAGAGAAGCUCGCUCCUGGAGCCACCAGAAAGCGCGACGGAGACGCAGCGGCAGCCGACACAUGCAAGCGUAUCCCCGUGAGGAACAGGACGCCACUAAGCUCAUGUCUGUCAACUCAGACGAGGGACAGAAAGAGAACCAGCCACCACUGUGCAAGGGCCCCAACACCAGGGCCCAUAAAAAGUUGUCAAAACGGAAGGAGCGUGGGGGCCAAAGCCAGGCAGCCAAUCACAGAAAAGCGAAUGAGCUUGGUAGUAAUAGGAGCGGAAGUGAGGAGGAAGAGCCUAUUACAAAGAUGUAUGAGGAAAGAGGUUCAGGAGAUCCAGAUAUGUCUGUCCCGUCCCCUUAUAAAUGCACUAUUCCUACCAAUCAAAAUGGUGCCACGCAACAAGCAUGCACUGAUGAUGAGCUAGAGGUGUGCAGGAUCUGUCACUGUGAAGGUGACGAGGAGUGUCUGCUCAUCACACCUUGCCGCUGUACAGGAAGUUUGCGUUUUGUGCACCAGGGCUGCCUGUACCAGUGGAUCAAGAGCUCCGACACACGCUGCUGUGAGCUGUGCAAAUAUGACUUCAUCAUGGAGACACACCUCAAGCCUUUGCGCAAGGUAACACACACAUACACACGUCUCUGA